AUGGCUGACCUGAAAAAGUGGGAGGCAGGAGUGGAAGAAUGGCAGCAUGACCUGACUACUAUGUUGCAGAGCCUGAAUGCACCUGGUGCUCAAAUUGCUCUAGAUGUGAAUGAUAUCAAGGUUCUCAUUGAGGUGCAGUCACUACAAUUGCUAACGCUCAUCCACAACCCAAUAGAAGACAGAUGGAUUGCUUUGGUGCCUUUCAUGGUAAUGAAAAGCCAAACUGAAGGUUCUGUCCAGCAGUCAGAAAUGCUAGAGUUUCUCAGAAAAUACUCAGAUCAGUUCCCAGAGAUACUCAGACAAGCCUCGGCUCACCUGGAUGAGGUCAUUAGGUUGAACUUGAGGGUUCUUGAUCCCCAGGCCAAUAAAUUAAUCAACAAACAGGGUCCCCAGACUACUGAUAGACUAGAGACCUCAGACAUGACAAAGGCAGGUCUCCUGGCAUUGGUCCUAGGCCACAUCCUUCUGAAUGCCAACUGGGGAAAACAGGCCUCCAUUUGGGACCUGCUGCUAAAGGUUAAUGUGUUGGAUGUACUUCAGAGGAUCAACAACCUCUUUGGGAACACAAGAAUCCUCCUCACUAUUGACUUUGUGCAUAUGCAGUUCUUGGCUCCAAGCAUGAAUCCCCUUGAAUUUGAGUUCUUGUGGGGCUAUGGAGCCCAUAGAGAAAUCCCAAAGAUGGAAGCACUGAACUUUGUGGUGGAGCCUCAUGAUGAAGAACCCUAGAGUUGGCCAGAAGAGUUUGGCAAGGAUCAGGAAGCUGGCAAAGCCAAAGAAAGAAGCCAAGCUGCUGGCUUGUAGUUCUGAUGAGAGGACAAUAUGAAUGAUUUGGUCCAGUUGGCCAUUGAUGUCACUAAAGAGUUACUACUUAUACAUCAGGAUGAGCUAUUGGCUCACAUUGGUAAAGAAUUCAAGGAUGUGUUCUCAAAUAUACUCAGCUGAGCUUCUCUAAUUCCUGAUCUUUUCUCUGGAUUCUCUCUGAUUGAGGUAGACACAAGUGACCUCUACUUCCUUGUCCAACAAACAGAAUCAGAAGAAGAGCAAGUAAAGCUAGAGAGCCUGGGGAGACCCACUCAAAAGUAUGUGAUGCUAAUUCUGGGUUUGAGUUUCCUGAUGGCCAUCCAUGUCAAAGAGGCCAAUGUCUGGAAUUUGCCUCAGAGAUUUAGUAUGGUUGUAGGGAGAAAGUGUGCCAUCACCUGUAAGCUUAUGAAACAUUGAAACCUGGAAUGCAGACUGCUGUUUUACUCUAAUCUAGUUGAAUAUGAGCUUCUGUGGGGUCUUCAAGGUCACAUUGAAACCACCACAAUGAAAGCCUUGGAUUACACGGCCAGGCUUCACAGAAAGUGAUUACAAGACUGGCCAGAGCAAUAUAAGGAGCCUGUGGAAGGUGAGGAGGUCAGAGCCAAAUGUGAGGCAACUGCUAUGUUUUUAUUUGGCUCAAGGUGAAGUCUGGGAAAGAGUAUCACUUCAGUUGAGUGGUAUCUGUUAAAUGGAUCUUGGGGAAAUGAGCACUGGGGCCCCAAAUCACAAGUUG